AUGAAUAAAAGAGAUAAAGUCUCAUUUAUACUGAGAAAAUCUCAUGUAAUAUCUCAAGAUACUACACAUAAACUUCCUUUUGGUGAUGAGUUUAGUGAUACAGAGGAUAAUCAAGGGAUAAAUGAAUUAUCUCAGAGCACUAUAAAUGAGUAUAAAAAAGCUCAUGAGUUAUUUAAGGAACAGCCAGAAUUAUUGGAUUUUGAUAAUGAAUAUUUAGACCUUUCAAAUUAUAGAAAUCCUACGUUAUCUAAAGAUUCUUCAAAAAAUUAUAAAAGUCAAAAUAUUUUGGAAUCUAGGUAUAUCACGAAAUUACAAAACUUAGCUAAUAGAAGGAAGGUUGAGAGACAACUAACCCAAGAGAAAAAACUCCAAAGAGAGAUUGAGAAUGAAUCUAGUGGAGUAGAAAUAUUUAUUACUCCAUCAUACCGCAAAGUACUUGAAGAACGAAAAUAUCUAGAGGAUAAAAUUUCUGAAGAGAAUAAACUUUGUGAACAGAAGUCUCUUGGAAAUUUCAGUAAACAUUUAUUUUCAAUGAUAACUGAAAGAUUAAAAGAUGAAUCUAAAAUAGAAUCUUCAUAUAAUCCAUCACGUACGGUGAAUAAAGAAUCUAAAGCUUUCUGUUCUAUAAAGGAAGAGGAAGUUUUGAAACAAGAAAUUGAUAAUAAACAAUUGAUAAUAGAUACAUGUAUUGGUUCAAAUUUGAGAGCUGAUAAGAGGAUCAAUGAAGCUCAAGCAGACUACGGUACUGAAGAAGUAUCUUAUAUACAAACAAUUAGAAAUGAUAAAAUCGAACUAGCUAGAAAGAGAUAUUUGGAACGAAAGCGAAAUCGCCAGUCUGUUUUGUAA